AUGUGGGUACCCACCCAUGUUCAAGUAACUGUUUUAAGAGCAGAAAAGCUGCUUGUCAAAGGAAAAAACAAUACAAAUGACUGCUUUGUUACCAUUGCUUUGGGAAAAACUAAGUUUCAAACAUCAAUAAAAGAAAAAUCUGGGCAGCUAGUAGAAUGGCAUGAAGAAUGUGAACUUCCUAUACCAGAUCAAGGCAAUACAGCAGAGAUUGUUUUAACAGUUUUACAUCACAAUUAUGUGGGAAUAGAUGAAUUUUUAGGACGUGUUAAUAUCCCAUUAAAUUCAUUAGAUGUGUAUGAAAGACCUAAAAAUAAAUGGUUUAAGUUACAGAGCAAGCCAGUCCACAGCAGAAACAUUAUUCAUCAACAAAGAACAAUAAAAGCUAUUAAAACAAAUUUACGGUCUGACGAAGUUUUAAUACAUUUAGAUUUUUCUGAGAAUUACAAUUGCAAGUACAAUGACGAAGUACAAUCCGCUCAUUUCGGGGGAUCAAAGUCCCAACUUUCACUCCACACAGUAGUUACUUACUAUUUAAAUGAAGAUAGCAAGUUAGCCAAAACAAGUCUUUGUACAAUAUCCGACAAUUUACGUCAUGAUCCCAUUGCUAUUAUGGGUCAUUUAGAGCCUGUGGUUAACGAAUUACAAACCAAAUUAAAGAGAAUUAAAUCCAGUAUCGCAACAGGAAAAUGA